GGUCCGCCCUGCGCGUGAUGCGGGGUGCCCGGCCCCUUGCCCUCCCUCAGGGUGGAGCUUCCUCCUCACCGCCAGACUUAAGCUGAAGCCCCUUGGCCACGCGGCAGGGUGCAGGAUUGAGCCCAGGUCACGGUCGUGUGCGCUCGCCCUGUGCGCGUGCCGAGGGGACAGUGAUGGCUUCCUGUGUCAUACUGCACACUGGGCAGAAGAUGCCCCUAAUUGGUCUGGGCACCUGGAAGAGUGAGCCUGGCCAGGUUAAGGCAGCGAUUAAAUAUGCCCUUAGCGUGGGCUACCGCCACAUUGACUGUGCUACUGCAUACGGCAACGAGGCUGAGAUUGGCGAGGCCCUGAAGGAGAACGUAGGACCCGGCAAGGCAGUGCCCCGGGAGGAGCUGUUUGUGACAUCCAAGCUGUGGAACACCAAGCACCACCCUGAGGAUGUGGAGCCUGCCCUCCGGAAGACACUGGCCGACCUCCAGCUGGAGUAUCUGGACCUGUACCUGAUGCACUGGCCUCAUGCUUUUGAACGGGGAGACAACCCCUUCCCCAAGAAUGCCGAUGGGACUAUGCGCUAUGAAUCCAUCCACUACAAGGAGACCUGGAAAGCAAUGGAGGCGCUGGUGGCUAAGGGGCUGGUGCGGGCACUGGGCCUGUCCAACUUCAACAGUCGGCAGAUCGAUGAUGUGCUCAGCGUGGCCUCAGUGCGCCCCGCCGUCUUGCAGGUGGAAUGCCACCCAUACCUGGCUCAGAAUGAGCUGAUUGCCCACUGCCAAGCACGUGGCCUGGAGGUGACUGCUUACAGCCCUUUGGGCUCCUCUGACCGUGCUUGGCGCGAUCCUGAUGAGCCUGUUCUGCUAGAGGAACCCGUGGUCCUGGCACUGGCUGAAAAGUACGGCCGAUCACCAGCCCAGAUCCUGCUCAGGUGGCAGGUCCAGCGGAAAGUAAUCUGCAUCCCCAAGAGUGUCACUCCUUCCCGCAUCCUGCAGAACAUCCAGGUGUUUGACUUCACCUUUAGCCCGGAAGAGAUGAAGCAGCUGGAUGCCCUGAACAGAAACUGGCGCUAUAUCGUGCCCAUGAUUGUGAUGGAUGGCAAGAGGGUCCCCAGAGAUGCGGGACAUCCUCUGUACCCCUUUAAUGACCCAUACUGAGCCCUUGGCAUCCUGGCUCCCCUUCAGCUCUCCAGCUAUGAGGUCCUGCCACCCCCAGAAAGGGGAGUUAAUAAAGCCGUGGAGCAUCCA